AACUGCUGUCUCUUCGGUCAAUGGAACACUUGUUAUCCACAUACAAGCAAACUCUUACAGCUCCAGGGGCGUCAGCAGCAAUACCAACUUAACCGCCACCCACAGCAACAACUUUAGUACCUCGACUCUCAGCUACGAGCAGCUGAGCCGAGAGUUUUACCAAUCCUACGAUCCUUCCAUCGGCCUCCACACUGCCGCAGUUCUCGGUGGAAUUCUACUUUGGCUUCUCCUGUACUUGAUCUAUAAAAGCAAAAUCCGUAAAUGCCUCGUCCACCUCAUCAAGCGGAUGUUUGGGGAAGAUGAAGAGUCGAGCAUUGGUAUCAAAAGUUCUGACGAAGACAAGGACUGCAGUAGUGACAACAACAACAGCAAUAAUAACAGCAUUAUUAGAAACCUUGUUAAUCCGAGUAUUGUCAUCGAAGCAUCCCCCCUCAAAGCCAACCUCAGUCUCCUUUUGCUCACAAUCAGUUGA